UAUUUCUAAAGCGAAUUGAAUUAUAGAAUAAAAUGGACGUAGAUGCAGCGCAAAAGACAUGGGAAUUGGAAAAUAACAUAAAGACACUGCCAAGCUGCGAUGAAAUAUUUCGGUAUGAUGCCGAGCAGCAGCGUCAAAUUAUUGAUGCCAAGCCGUGGGAGAAAGAUCCUCAUUUUUUUAAAGACAUAAAGAUAUCUGCGCUAGCACUUUUGAAGAUGGUUAUGCAUGCUCGUUCAGGCGGCACAUUGGAGGUGAUGGGACUAAUGCUAGGCAAAGUUGAAGACAACACAAUGAUUGUGAUGGACGCGUUCGCGUUACCAGUCGAAGGCACUGAAACUCGGGUCAACGCUCAGGCACAGGCCUAUGAAUACAUGACUGCUUAUAUGGAGGCCGCCAAAGAGGUGGGACGUCUUGAGCAUGCCGUUGGCUGGUAUCAUAGCCAUCCCGGCUACGGUUGUUGGCUGUCAGGCAUUGAUGUAUCAACGCAGAUGCUCAACCAAACCUAUCAGGAGCCAUUUGUGGCCAUUGUCGUUGAUCCUGUGCGCACUGUAUCUGCUGGCAAAGUAUGUCUCGGUGCGUUCCGCACCUAUCCAAAGGGAUACAAACCACCAAAUGAGGAACCCUCAGAGUACCAGACUAUACCGCUAAAUAAAAUUGAAGAUUUCGGGGUGCACUGCAAGCAGUACUAUCCGCUUGAAAUAAGCUAUUUUAAAUCGGCUUUGGACCGCAAGCUGCUCGAUUCAUUGUGGAACAAAUAUUGGGUGAACACCCUUGGCAGUUCAGGUCUUUUGACAAACACGGAGUACACUACGGGUCAAAUAAUGGACUUGUCUGAGAAGCUUGAGCAAAGUGAAAACUUUUUAGGUCGCGGCACUGAUAUAAAUGAAAAACGUUCCGAGGACAAACUCUCCAAGGCGACACGGGAUUGCAGUCGUUCAACAAUCGAGCUGAUACAUGGCCUGAUGGCUCAAAUCGUAAAGGACAAGCUAUUCAACAAAGUUGGCCUUGGCAAAUAAGCCGUCAACUGUCACACGCGAAGUUUGAUUUUAUACUUUUGCAAUUCAUCUAUCUUAUACUUAUAAAUUCUAAAUAUAAUGUGAUUGAUCUUAA